AACUACAAAGAAUAAAGUUCGUUUAAAAGUUCUCCGGUUCCGAAAGAAGACGUCAGUGUAACCCGCUGGAAGCACAACAGGAACUCGCAAUACAGACCUUUGGUUACAGGAACCUUAUCUAUUGUGGCACCCAGAGAUCUCAUUUCUCAGCGAAAAUGAAACAGUUUGUCCUUGCCUUCGUUCUCUACACAUGCAUUUCAUAUGCCAUGGCGGACUGCACUGCAUUGGAUAACAUGCGAACCGUAGGCGCCUGCAUAGAGCAAGUGCUCCGAAAUCCGCCGUAUGAAGGCGUUGUCUUUGGAAAUCUUGAUAAGACGAACCCAGAGGAAUUGCAGCUUGGAUGCAGCAUCCUGAACGACGUAGAAGCCUGCAUCAGGACGUCACUCACGGGAGACUGUGCGCAGUAUGCGGACCUCACAGUUGAGUGGGCGAGGAAAAAUGCGGCGGACAAUGAACCAUACAUCACGGACUGUCCCUGAGAUCUGUUGCGUGCCUAUAUUUACGCGCAUGGGCGCGGAUUACGAAGACCUUUUGUUACAUCUUCCAGUGUAACAUUACCACGAAAACUACGCAUGCCCCUGUGAACUAAUAAAAAUAAAGAAAUAUGACCAACA